ACACACCCACUGCUCCUUCCGACCCCAGGGCCACACCGGGACCAUGUCUGAGCUGGAGAAGGCCAUGAUUGCCAUCAUUGAUGCCUUCCACCAGUACUCGGGGAAGGAGGGAGACAAGCACAAGCUGAAGAAAUCCGAACUGAAGGAGCUCAUUAACAACGAGUUGACCCAUUUCCUUGGCGAGAUCAAAGACCAGGAGACCGUGGACAAAGUCAUGGAGGCUCUGGACAGCGAUGGGGAUGCAGAGUGUGACUUCCAGGAGUUUGUGGCCUUCAUUGCAAUGGUCACUGCUGCUUGCCAUGAGUUCUUUGAGCAUGAAUGAGCUGGUGGGGAGCAGGUGAGCUCACCUGGAGCUGUUCAUGCUGGAGAGAUGCAGAGCAGCACCACUCCUCCGGGAAUCAGACUGAGUGUGAUUAGGGGCUCCCAGGAGCUAAGCUUGUGCUAGACUUAAGUUGCUUAUUAAGUUCUGUGGCUUCGUGAACAAAAAACACCCACAUGGCUCAGGAAAGGCUGCUGGCCAGUGCCCACCUGGCUGGAUGUCAUGUGUGAAUGCCUUGUCUCAAGCUCCUUCCCUGCUGCUGCAUGCAAGGGACCUGCAUGGGGCUGGAGGCAGGUGGAUGCUGCAAUCCAAGCCUGCUUGCAGAGGGAAGAGGCACACUGAAGGGCUGAAGCACGAGGGGAAGCAGAGGAGCUACUUAGAGAGGCCUGGUUCUGAGCCCACUGGCCUGAACAGAAACACUUCCGUUGAUUCCCGUGGGCUCUGACCACCCUGUGCAUGGUACUAACCCAGGCAGCACAGCCCCUGUCCUGUCCCAGGAGCUCAGCACAGCCCACACAUUUCCUGGCAAACUGAAAUGCCCUUGGCUUGGAAGGCAAAGCAUAACCAUCUAACAGUCCAGGCUCUUGUCUUGUUGAUGAAUCCUCCUGCUCUUUAGCAGCCCACAGAACUGGAAGUGAAAGUGUAUGAGGGCCCUGGGCUGGGAACAGCUCCUGGGCUGGGAUGUGCCUUGGCAAGGUCUCCAGGCUCAGCCAGUGGGAUGGGGGGUCCAUCCAGUGUGAUGACAGUGCCCAAACGUGGACCAGGCACAGCUUCCAGAGUGUGGAAAUGGCAAGAAUAAAAUGUCGUGUCAGUCUCUAAGCUGCAACUAGUCUCUGGUGAAAAAUGAGUCCCUUUGUCUCAGGCUGUGUGCGCCUCCCUGGCUGCCCUGCACUGUCAGAGGGAAGGCUGGAGCUUCUUGUUGGGCACCAACCCUUCAUCUCCUCCACAAAUCAAAUGCAGACUUUUACACACCCCAGAAGAAACACUCCCAGCCUCACUGGGUGGAGCAAAGCAAUGGCCCAAACACAGCACUGCAGCACUGGGCCACGUCUCCCAUGUGCUCCGAGGCUGUGCUGGCACCAAGGGGUGCUCCUGCCUCCUGGCAGGACCCUGACAUGGAAGCACAUUCCUGCUCCCUCUGCACAUUAAGCUGGAAAACACAUUUCAAAAGACAGCAGCAGCGAUUCUGGGUGAUCUGUGGGGCUGAGACUGUUCCCCUCACCAGAUACUAAACCCAAAGGAUGUGCCUUACUCACUGCACUGCAAGAGGAGGGAAUUGGAGUGUAUGCAGUUUUUCCAUUCUGAAAUAUUCUCCACACUGCAUUUUACUGAGUACAAAUCCUGAGCUCCUCCUGCAUCCCCAACAGCGUGGGCUUCCAAAUGCAGGGGGAAGGCAGCUGACAGAGCAGGAAACCAGAAGAGCUUUUUAAACACCACAAAAUAAAAUGCCUCCAAAACCAUUAAGGACCAACAUGCAACUGGAUCUUUCAAAGUCCACUUUUGUAUUUUCUUCCCACUCCAAUUUUGCCUCUGCAUGUAGGUGUGCCAGUUCACAAGCACAGACACAACCACCAUGGCACCAUGGCCAUCCAUGUUUGGCAAAGAAAAAUACCAGAUAUCAAGACAAACUGUUACUUUGCAGUUACCUUUGCAAACCAGGGUUUAAAGACUGCUAGGAAAUUAGCAAAUGUUCCUCACUUCCAUAAGAAAACUUCUAUGUUUAGCUGAGAACAGCAUUGUUUAAAAAAAAAAAAAAAAAAAAAAAAAGACUGGAGAAAAAGACAAUGGUGUUUAUUAUUCUGGUAACUUGUGCUGAAAUACAAAAAAGAUG